CAGUUUGAGAGCAAGUUCCCUAAUUUCUACAUGAAAUACACCAUGAACCCUACACACAUUAAAUGACACAGCUGAGAGCCAGACAAUGGCAGCCAGCGUAUGGACCAGCAUUGUACUGGUGGCUCUUCUCAGAAUGGGUAAAGGAAAUCUCUCGGAACCCACCGUGUUCUCCAGCGAGGGACAGACGGUCACUCUGCCAUGUCACAGGACGUCCACUAACUGCUCCAACACCACCUGGAACUAUGGAAGUGACAAAACCAUUGAAAUAGUUGCACAUGGGAUGGUCAGAAAUAACCUGGCUGACAGCAGAACCAACCGCCUGAAAGUGGAGUCAAAUUGCUCUCUAACGAUUCUUAAUGUAAAACCUGCAGACGCUGGGCAAUAUAACUGCCGGGUGUAUAGCAGUCAAUCAGCAUACAACGACUCGUUCGUUUAUCUCACUGUUCUGAACAUCACUUCCUCACAGCUAAAACCUGAGACAUUGAACUGCUGCCUGCACACAUAUGAGUUCUGUACUAAACAUAUAAAUGAAGACAUGAAACUAACUUGGCUGAAUGAUGAUGGCAGUGACCUAAUGCAAGAUACCAGGUACAAUAUCACACAGACCAGAUGUCAUUCAACUCUGACUGUGACUCUGGAUCAGUCAGACCACAACAGGAAGUGGACGUGUCAGCUGACUGUGGAUGGGAGACUGGAGAGCUCAGCCAGCUACAUAACCACUCUCUCUGAUCCGACAGACUUCACUCUGAUUGCUGUAGUUACUCUGUGCGCAGUCCUGUGUGUAGGAGUCUGCAUCACAAUAAUUAUAAUAACUUAUAAAAGAAAGGAGAAGAGGGGAGAUGUGACAAGAACAGAGGAUCACAGCACCCCUUCCUCUCAGGACAAAGUGGAAACUGGGACCGUGGUGUACGCUGAUGUUUGUGUCAGAGUGGAUGGCCGGCAGGAGAAGGGCAGAGACCACGUCCACCCCGACACCGAAUAUGCAACCCUCAAAGUCUGAGUUUAACUUCCCAGAUGGCGUGUGUGAGCUUUACCAACUCAGAACUGAACCCAGAACAGUUAUCUAACAAAAUAUCCAAAUACAUUUUCCACUGUGAGCCCAAGGUAACUCCUUUUUUAUUUCUUUUGUCUUUCCUGCAUAUCCCAGUUUUCCGCUAUAUUGAUAAACUGGAUUCUUUUGGGUUUUUUUUUUUAUACCACCUGGAAUAACAAAAUAUUCAUGAUUUAUGUCUUUUAUUAAACAAAAUUGAUUAAACUAUUGA